CUUUUUUUUUUUUCGGUUAUUUUCUCACGAGCCAAACAACAAACGCCAAAAGAAAAAAAAUUAGAGAAGCGGAAACACGGUUUUGUCGUUGAUUCCUUGAACGUCCUUUUGGCUCCACUAGUGAUUCAAAUUCUAAUAUCCCAUCGCUACUGCCCUUAUGUUCAGACAUGGCACGGCAUAGCUACAAGAAGAAAAUUUUAAUUGUAUAAAAACAACCUUCUCCUAUCAACUUGCAAGAUGAACCCGCAGAAUCAAGGGACUGGCUGCUCUCCAGCAGACCCCCCACAGAAGCGCAAACGGGGCCGUCCCCGCAAGGAUGAGAGCCUGGCACAAGGUGAGAACGUUCCUGCAACACCUGCAGCUGAUAGUAUGAAGAAAAACAAACAGUCUGCAUGUACAAUUGGUUCUGUUGGUGAUGAAAUGGUGGGUCAAGUUGUUUCUGGUGUCAUUGAGGGCUCAUUUGAUGCUGGAUAUCUUCUUAAAGUUAAGGUAGGUGAUACUGACACUCAUCUGAGGGGUGUUGUGUUUCUACCGGGCAGAUUCUCUCCCAUCACAGCAUCAAAUGAUGUGGCUCCACAAGCAAAGAUGUACAGAAGGACAGAGAUGCCCUUACCAGUUGCAAAUCCACAAACUCUGGUCCCUGGCCCAGUUCCUUCAUCAGAGCAAAGUGAUAAGCAACCAGUUGAACUCCAAAACCUUGCACCAAUAGUGCAAGUCCAAGGGCUACCAUCUGAACUUCAAUCGACUGUUUCCAUUCCACAGGAAAACCAACCUACCUCUAAUAUCCUUCCUUUGACUGAUAACCUGCCAAUGAGUAGCACAGGAUCUUCCUUGGGAGGCAGAGCUGCAUCACAAAUUCUGGAAUCAGGACUUGGAAGCCAGUCUACCUCUAUUAUGCCACAGAUGGGUCAUGAUAAAUUUGCUGAACAAAUUGAAGUGCUGAAAGAAUUUGAAGGUUCCAUAACAAAAGUUCCUAAUGCAAUGGUGGAGGCAACUGAGCAAUCAAAAUCAGUACCAAAGUCAGCACCUUCUGUUGAUUGUAUUCCUACCAGUGGAACUGUUAAUCUUGAGCUUCAAAUUCAACAUCAGGCCAUGAGUGAUGAAUUUAAGCCGAAUCAAUCACUUCAUGAUGGAGUUAAAAGUCCAAACCUUGAGCAUAACCAAGUUAGUGUAAUAACUGAACCUGAAAUUAUGUCUGCUGAACCAAUUGGUAUAAAAAUUUGGAUGGAAAAACUGGCUUCUCCAAAUAAAGCUGCAGUGCCAGAGCUUGCUAUGAAUGUUAUUAGUGGAAAUGAUGCAUCCCACCUAAAUAGGAGGCCAGUAAGUCAUACUGCUAAUGUUACAGAGGCAGACUCAGAGUCUGCGCUGAUAGGUGGCCUUCCAGUGACUCUGUUUGAGAGAGAAGCUGUUCCAUCUGCACCCAAGCUUGCCAAUGAAGGAUCUCCUCAAAGGAUGGUUGAAACCCAGCUUUGUAAUCCUUCUGGUGCCACUAACGUCUUGAAGGCAGACUCUGAUUCUGCAACAGUGACAAGCUUACCAGUAACUCUGUUUGAGAGAGAAGCCAUUCCAUCUGAGCCCAAGCUUGCCAUUGAUGGACCUGUUCUUCCAAGAAUAACUGAACCCCUCUUCUGCAGCUCUUCUGGUGCAGCCAAUAAUGUUGAUUGCAACUUGAAGGAUGCAAUUCCACCAGCAGAAUCUUAGGUUUAUUCAUUGAUAUGAAAACAAUAUGGGUAGGACAGUGGUGUCUGAAACUACAUAAACAGGAAAAAGCCAUGAUAGAUGAGGCAUCUAAUGGCAGAGGCUGGAGAAUAAACAGGCGAUGCUCAAUUAUAAACUUUUAACAUAUUACCAUUUGCUGUGGAUUGUUUUGCAAUGUGAAUUGCUGCCCUCUGUCUACUUUGGGUCUGAUAAUAUUUAUGUUAGAAAUGUAGUAAAGGAGGCAGAUUUUGAUGAUAA